GGCAUUAUGGUUGAAAGCCAGAAAAUUCCGGGGGUUGACCUCAGAUCCACCACUGAGCCGCAAGUUGUUCGGAUCAUUGUGAAGACGCCCUGGCAGAAGGAAGAGUUUUUGGUCCAUAAGGACAUGCUUGUGAGAGAAUUCAAGGAGCAUGUAGCCAGGCACCUGUCCUCUUCUCCCGCCCAAAUUGUGCUGGUCUACACUGGAAGGAUCUUGAAAGACCAUAAGUCACUAGCCCAGCAUGGGAUCCAUCUGGACAACAAUGCUGCUGUCUUUGUGGUUGUCCGCUCCCCACGGACGUGCCCAUCCCGACAGGCAUCCACUCUUUCAACUGAUGUGGGCCCAGACACAAAACCCCCCAGGAACAGCACUUUUGCUAGUGACGGUCUCCGGGAGCUGACGGCCAGUCUGGGCCUGAAUACAGCCAAUUUCACAGAAUUCCAGAGCCAGCUGAUGUCCAAUCCUGACAUGAUGCUCCAGCUGUUAGAAAACCCCUUCAUCCAGAGCAAACUCUCCAGUCCCGAUCUGAUGAAAGAGCUGGCCACCAACAGCCCCCAGGUACGGCAAGUAAUACAGAGGGCCCCUGAAAUCAGCCACGUCUUCAGCUCUCCCGAAGGCAUGAGGCUGGUGGUGGAGCUGGCCAGGAAUCCAGCUGCUGUGCGAGAAAUCAUCAAAUCCCCACCCCAGGCCCAGGCGUGUCCUGGAAGUGUCCCCAGUGGAGACGGCAACACAGCCUUGCAGGAUGUGCUGAUAGAGGUGCAGGGCCUGGUGCAGAAGGCCUUCCCCAAAAGGUCUGCUUCCACUGUCUUGUCUGGAGCCCUGGGAGGCCACCAGGCGUCCUUUGGCCAGAGUGAGAAGCCUGGGCGGGCCAGGCAGCAGCUGCCCUCCCCCAGGCCGUGGCCCCUAAAGUUUGGUGCCCAGAAUUUCACAGCUGUUGGCAAUGACCACAGCAAUGGAGAAAGUGGCAUCUUGCGAGGAGAAGCCAGUCAGCUGGCCUCAGCAGCAGUGAAGAACCUGCUCCACCAGAUCAUGAAGCACCUCAUGCAGAGCAUGGCGAGCAGCCCCUCCAGAAAUGCCACCAGCCAGGGUCUCGGCCCAGAUGCUGCGGGCAAGGCUACUCGGAGGAACAUGCCGGGAUCCAGAAACUCCCGGGAGCAGAUUCCAACACUCCUGCAGCAGAUUCAAAACACAGAUGUCCUUCUGGCAAGCUGGAGCCCUAAAGAGAUCCAGGGGCUGCUGGAAAUUCAGCAGAGAUUGCAGGCCCUUGCAACCGACGAACCGGUAGCGGAGAGGCACGGCCGAUCUGAGCGUUCCGCACGGAGAGCUCAUUCCAUCACCUCUCUCUGUGAUAUUGUCCCACCGUCCGGGAUGGGGGGUGGGCAGGAUUUCUCUGCCCAUCAGCUCUUGCAGACUCUGGUGGGCGAUGAUUUCUUGGGCAGCCCCCGACUCAGUGGCCGUCUGCGGGGCUCCUCAGCGCAACCCUCUUCCAAGCAGCGGGCGUACAAGCUCUGA